UUUUUCUUUUGCCUUGACAGUCUGCUAAAACCCUCCUGUGAGUGGGCAGACGGUGUCGGCUGUGUCGGCUUGGUUGCGCACACAGAAAGCAGCGGUUUUCCACUGAGGAGCAUCACCGCCUGGACACGGGUACACGUCGUCGCCUGUCUGCAACCUCCAGCCUGACAGACAGACAGAAAAACAGACAGACAGGACCAAGAGCCGAUUGAUGACUAAUAUUCUUUCAAGAUAGGCUACAGUGUUGCGCACCACGGCCAACAUGCUGGCAACAGGAUUGCUUGUCUUUGGAUUGUUGCACAGUUUGGAAGUAGUCCCUCCAGUAAAGGCUGUUGAUGCCCCAAAGACCUGCAGCCCAAAACAGUUUGUGUGUAAAGAUGGGGUGACGUGCAUCUCAAAAGGCUGGCGCUGUGAUCGAGAAAAGGACUGUCCAGACGGCUCUGAUGAGGAGCCUGAUGUCUGUCCUCACAGUACUGUUUCACGAUGCCCUCCCAAUGAGUACCAGUGUGGAGGGACAGAGCUGUGCAUCCACAUGAGUAAACUGUGCAACGGGGUUCCAGACUGCACAGAUGGCUGGGAUGAGGGACCACACUGCAGAGAGCAUAUUUCCAACUGCUCGCUCAUGGGAUGUCAGGAACACUGUGCGGUGACUCCAGGAGGGCCUGCAUGCUACUGUAAGACCGGUUAUGAGAUCAAUCAAGACGGAAAGACCUGCAAGGAUUUUGAUGAGUGCAGUCUCUAUGGGACCUGCAGUCAGACCUGUAUCAACACUGAAGGCUCGUUCACCUGCUCCUGUGUGGAGGGAUAUUUGUCUCAGCCAGACAACCGCUCCUGCAAGGCUAAGAAUGUGCCGGUGGAUCGUCUUCCUGUCCUGUUAAUUGCCAACUCCCAGAACAUCCAAGCCACAUCCCUGAGUGGCACCACAGUACACAGCCUGCUGUCCACCAGCACCAAGCAAACAACAGCCAUGGACUUCCUUUAUGCCCAGGAGACCGUCUGCUGGAUCCACGUGGGAGACUCCCCUGCAUCCACACACCUUAAAUGUGCCAAAAUCCCAAAUCUGAAAAGUUUCACAGAGGAGAGAGUCAUCAACAUCUCCCUUAGCCUCCACCAUGUGGAGCAGAUGGCCAUCGACUGGCUCACUGGAAACGUCUACUUUGUGGAUGACGUUGAUGACAGGAUCUUCGUGUGUGAUAAAGAUGGGCAGACAUGUGUCACCCUCCUGGACCAGGAGCUGUACAACCCCAAAGGCAUCGCUCUGGACCCCACCAUGGGGAAGGUUUUCUUCACAGACUAUGGACAGAUUCCAAAGGUGGAGCGCUGCGACAUGGACGGCCAGAACCGUACCAAGCUCGUUGACAGUAAGAUUGUGUUCCCUCAUGGCAUCACGUUGGACCUGGUCAGCAGGCUGGUGUACUGGGCCGAUGCCUAUCUGGACUACAUCGAGGUGGUGGACUAUGAAGGGAAGAACCGACAUACAAUCAUCCAAGGACUACUGAUCGAGCACCUGUACGGACUGACGGUAUUUGAAAACUAUCUCUAUGCCACCAACGCAGACAACGCUAACAUGCAGCCCAAAACCAGUGUGAUCAGGGUGAACCGUUUUAACAGCACAGACUACCAAGUAGUGACAAGAGUAGACAAGGGUGGAGCGUUGCAUGUGUAUCACCAGAGACGACAACCUCCAGUACGUAGUCAUGCUUGUGAACUGGACCAGUUUGGGAAGGCUGGAGGCUGCUCUGACAUCUGUCUGCUGGGGAACGGCCACAAAACAAGAACCUGCCGUUGUCGUUCUGGAUUCAGCCUGGGCAGUGAUGGAAAGUCCUGCAAAAAACCUGAGCACGAGCUGUUCCUGGUCUAUGGUAAAGGUCGCCCUGGGGUCAUCAGAGGAAUGGACAUGAAUGCCAAAGUGCCAGAUGAAUACAUGAUCCCCAUUGAGAAUCUGAUGAACCCCAGAGCAUUAGACUUUCACGCUGAGAGCGAGUUCAUUUACUUUGCGGAUGCCACCAGCUACAUCAUUGGACGACAGAAGAUUGACGGAACAGAGAGAGAUACAAUUUUAAAGGAAGGAAUCCACACAGUAGAGGGAAUAGCUGUCGACUGGAUGGCUGACAACUUGUAUUGGACUGAUGAUGGGCCUAAGAAAACCAUCAGUGUGGCUCGGCUAGAAAAGGCUUCACAGACACGCAAAACACUCAUCGAGGGAAAGAUGACUCACCCUCGUGCUAUUGUAGUGGAUCCUCUCCAUGGGUGGAUGUACUGGACCGACUGGGAGGAGGACCCUAAGGAGAGCAAACGAGGUAAAAUUGAGCGGGCUUGGAUGGACGGCUCCAACAGAAACGUGUUCCUGACAAGCAAAACAGUACUGUGGCCAAACGGCCUCAGUCUGGACAUCCCAAAGGGCAUCUUGUACUGGGUCGACGCCUACUACGAUCGCAUUGAGAUGGUUUACCUUAACAGCUCUGAACGCAAGACGGUGUAUGAGGGUCAGGAGCUGAACCACGCCUUUGGUCUCUGCCACUAUAAACACUUUUUGUUCUGGAACGAGUACCGUAGUGGCAGCAUUUUCAAGUUGGACACGACCACUGGAAUUGCCACUCUGCUUCGCAACGAGAGGCCUCCCAUCUUUGAAAUCCGGAUGUAUGACGCUCAGCAGCAGCAAGGCUCAAAUGCAUGUCGCGUAUACAACGGCGGCUGCAGCAGCUUAUGUCUUGCCAUACCAGGAGGCCGGCAGUGUGCUUGUGCAGAAGACCAAAUACUUGACCCAGCCGACAACACCAGCUGUAAAGCCAACCCAUCUUACGUACCCCCUCCUCAGUGCCAACCUGGGGAAUUCGCUUGUAAGAACAACCGUUGCAUCCAGGAACGCUGGAAGUGUGAUGGAGACAAUGACUGUUUGGACAACAGCGAUGAGGCUCCUGAGCUGUGCCACCAGCACACUUGCCCCACUGACAGAUUUAAGUGCCAGAACAACCGCUGCAUCCCUCUGCGCUGGCUGUGCGACGGAGACAACGACUGUGGGAACGACGAGGAUGAAUCCAACACCACCUGCUCAGCUCGAACCUGCCCUCCCAAUCAGUACUCAUGUGCCAGUGGACGCUGCAUCCCUAUCUCUUGGACAUGUGACCUGGACGAUGACUGUGGUGAUAGGUCAGAUGAGCCUGCCUCCUGUGCGUAUCCCACAUGUUUCCCACUCACCCAGUUCACCUGCAAUAAUGGACGUUGCAUCAAUAUCAACUGGCGCUGUGAUAAUGAAAAGGAUUGUGGGGACGGCUCUGAUGAGUUGAAUUGUCCAAACCUGACCGAUAAUGACUGUGGGGACAACAGUGAUGAGGCAGGCUGCAGUCACUCAUGUUCCAGUGCUCAGUUCAAGUGUAACAGCGGCCGCUGCAUCCCAGAUUACUGGACCUGUGAUGGAGAUAACGACUGUGGAGACUACAGCGAUGAGACCCACGCAAACUGCACCAAUCAGGCCACUCGUCCCCCUGGAGGUUGCCACACAGAUGAGUUUCAGUGUCGGAUGGACGGCUUGUGCAUCCCUUUGCGUUGGCGCUGUGAUGGGGACACUGACUGCAUGGACCUAAGUGAUGAGAAGAACUGUGAAGGUGUCACACACAUGUGCGACCCUGCUGUCAAGUUCGGCUGCAGGGACUCUGCACGCUGUAUCAGCAAAGCCUGGGUUUGUGAUGGCGACAGCGAUUGUGAGGACAACUCCGAUGAGGACAACUGUGAGGCACUGGUGUGUAAACUCUCUCACCAUGUGUGUGCCAAUGACUCCACCAUCUGCCUGCCCGCAGAGAAACUUUGUGAUGGCACCGAUGACUGCCCAGAUGGCUCUGAUGAGAAACUCUGUGACCUGUGCUCACUGGACAAUGGCGACUGCAGCCACAACUGCACAGUGGCCCCUGGUGAAGGUGUGAUUUGUUCCUGUCCGCUGGGCAUGGAGUUAGGCCCCGAUAACAAGACCUGUCAGAUCCAGAGCUUCUGUGCCAAACACCUUAAGUGCAGUCAGCGCUGUGAGCAGGACAAAUUCAGUGUGAAAUGCUCCUGCUAUGAGGGCUGGGAGCUGGAGCCUGAUAUGGAGAACUGCAAGAGUACAGAUCCUUUCAAACCCUUCAUCAUUUUCUCAAACCGCCAUGAGAUCCGUCGCAUUGAUCUGAACAAAGGAGAGUUCAGUGUGUUAGUACCUGGUCUAAGGAACACCAUCGCACUAGACUUCCACCUCAGCCAAAGCUCCCUCUAUUGGACAGAUGUCGUGGAGGACAAAAUCUAUCGUGGGAAGCUGUCCGACAAUGGAGCUUUGACCAGCUUUGAUGUGGUUAUUCAGUAUGGACUGGCUACCCCUGAAGGCCUGGCAGUUGACUGGAUUGCAGGAAACAUUUACUGGGUGGAAAGCAACCUGGAUCAGAUUGAAGUCGCCAAGCUGGAUGGCACCAUGAGAACCACGCUGCUGGCUGGGGAAGUGGAGCACCCACGAGCUAUUGCCCUGGACCCCAGAGACGGGAUCUUGUUCUGGACUGACUGGGAUGCCAGUUUACCAAGAAUUGAAGCUGCAUCCAUGAGUGGAGAAGGCAGAAAGACCAUCCAUAAAGAAACUGGCAAUGGAGGCUGGCCCAACGGGCUCACUGUGGAUUAUCUAGAGCGCCGUAUCCUGUGGAUCGAUGCCAGGUCUGAUGCCAUUUACUCAGCCAAGUAUGACGGAUCUGGGCUAAUAGAGGUUCUGAGGGGCCAUGAAUAUCUGUCACAUCCCUUCGCGGUCACUAUGUAUGGAGGAGAAGUUUACUGGACGGAUUGGAGGACCAACACGCUGGCCAAGGCAAACAAAUGGACUGGGAGCAACGUGACUGUGGUGCAAAGGACCAACACACAGCCCUUUGACCUGCAGGUCUACCAUCCAUCCAGACAACCACAGGCUCCCAACCCGUGUGCAGCUAAAGAUGGCAAAGAGCCCUGCUCUCAUCUCUGUCUCAUCAACUACAAUCAGACGUUCUCAUGCGCCUGUCCUCACCUGAUGAAACUUGGCCCUGAUAAACGCACUUGCUAUGAGUCUCGUCAGUUCCUGCUCUACGCUCGGCAGAUUGAGAUCCGAGGAGUGGACAUCGACAACCCCUACUACAACUACAUCAUCUCCUUCACGGUGCCAGACAUUGACAAUGUAACUGUUGUAGACUAUGAUGCUCUGGAGCAUCGGAUUUACUGGUCCGACGUCCGCACACAGACCAUUAAGAGGGCUUUCAUUAAUGGAACUGGAGUCGAGACUGUGGUGUCCGCUGAUUUGCCCAAUGCUCAUGGCCUGGCAGUGGACUGGGUGUCAAGGAACCUGUUCUGGACCAGUUACGAUGCCAAUAAGAAACAGAUUAAUGUUGCCAGACUGGACGGCUCCUUCAAGAACGCCGUCAUCCAGGGUCUGGACAAACCACACUGCCUGGUGCUGCAUCCGAUACUGGGGAAACUUUACUGGACAGACGGGGACAACAUCAGCAUGGCCAAUACAGACGGCAGCAACCGCAGUGUCCUCUUCACCAGCCAGAAAGGCCCCGUCGGCCUCUCUAUUGACUUCGACACUGAGCAGCUUUACUGGAUCAGCUCAGGGAACAGCACCAUCAACCGCUGUAAGCUGGACGGCAGUGGGCUUGAAGUGAUUGAGGGGGUGAAGGGAAAGCUGACUAAGGCUACUGCUCUGGCUAUCAUGGGAGACAAGUUGUGGUGGGCAGAUCAGGGGACUGACCAGAUAGGAACCUGUGAUAAGAAGGAUGGAGGCAACUGGAAAGUCCUGAGGAACAGCACAUCCCCCAUGAUGCACAUGAAAAUCUACAAUGAAACUGUGCAGAAAGGCACCAAUCUCUGCAGUAAUAACAAUGGAGACUGUUCCCAGCUGUGUCUCCCCACAUCCCCAACCACCAGAGCCUGCAUGUGCACUGCAGGAUACAGCCUGCGCAGAGGGCAGCAGUCCUGUGAGGGCGUCGGUUCUUUCCUGUUGUACUCUGUACAUGAGGGCAUACGUGGUAUUCCUUUGGACCCAUCAGAUAAGUCUGAUGCCCUUGUACCAGUGUCAGGCACAUCUCUGGCUGUUGGCAUAGAUUUCCAUGCUGAUAAUGACACAAUCUACUGGGUGGACAUGGGCUUGAGCACCAUUAGCAGGGCCAAGAGAGACCAGACCUGGAGAGAGGACGUGGUCACUAAUGGCAUCGGCCGGGUGGAGGGCAUCGCUGUAGACUGGAUAGCAGGAAACAUCUAUUGGACUGACCAGGGCUUUGAUGUGAUCGAGGUGGCCAGACUGAAUGGUUCAUUCCGCUACGUGGUGAUCUCCCAGGGCCUUGACAAACCCCGUGCCAUCACCGUUCACCCUGAGAAAGGCUACCUGUUCUGGACUGAGUGGGGCCAGUAUCCUCGUAUUGAGCGGUCUCGUCUGGAUGGUUCUCAAAGGGCUAUCCUGGUUAAUGCCAGUAUUAGCUGGCCCAACGGUAUCUCCAUUGACUAUGAGGAGGGUCUACUGUACUGGUGUGAUGCCAGGACGGACAAGAUUGAGCGCAUCAACUUGGAGACUGGAGAAAACAGGGAGGUUGUGCUAGCAAACAAUAACAUGGACAUGUUUUCUGUGUCUGUGUUUGAGAGCUACAUCUACUGGAGUGACAGGACCCAUGCUAAUGGCUCUAUUAAGAGAGGCAGCAAGGACAACGCCACAGACUCUGUGUCUCUGAGGACGGGUAUUGGAGUCCAGCUCAAAGAUAUCAAGGUCUUCAACAGGGCCAGACAGCAAGGAACAAAUGUGUGCAAAGACAACAAUGGCGGCUGUCAUCAGCUUUGUCUUUUCCGAGGCAACGGACAGCGUACAUGUGCCUGUGCCCAUGGCAUGUUGGCUGAAGAUGGCCGCAGUUGCCGUGACUAUGAUGGCUACCUACUCUACUCUGAACGCACCAUACUGAAAAGUGUCCAUCUGUCUGAUGAAAACAAUCUGAAUGCACCCAUAAAGCCUUUUGAGGACCCAGAGCACAUGAAGAACGUUAUUGCACUUACAUUUGACUACAGAGGAGGUGGCGGGAAGGGAGCAAAUCGAAUCUUCUUCAGUGACAUCCAUUUCGGCAACAUCCAACAGAUCAGCGAUGACGGAUCUGACCGCAAGACUGUUGUUGAGAAUGUGGGCUCUGUGGAGGGCUUGGCCUACCACAGGGGCUGGGAUAUGCUGUACUGGACCAGUUACACCACCUCAACUAUUACACGUCACACUGUGGAUCAGAGUCGCUGGGGUGCUGUCGAUCGGCACACUGUGGUUACGAUGUCAGGAGAUGACCACCCCAGAGCCUUUGUCCUUGAUGAAUGCCAAAGCCUGAUGUUCUGGACUAACUGGAAUGAGCAGUCUCCCAGUAUUAUGCGUGCUACACUGACUGGUUCCAAUGUUCUUGUGAUUAUUGGCUCUGACAUCCGAACCCCCAAUGGUCUAGCUAUCGACCACCGAGCGGAAAAACUUUAUUUCUCUGAUGCCACACUGGACAAGAUCGAGCGCUGCGAGUAUGACGGCACUCGGCGCUAUGUGGUGCUGAAGAAUGAGCCUGUCCAUCCAUUUGGCCUCGCAGUGUACGGAGAUUACAUUUUCUGGACCGACUGGGUGAGGAGGGCAGUGCUUCGGGCCGAUAAAUACACAGGUGGAGACAUGAAGGUGCUGCGUGCUGACAUCCCUCAGCAGCCGAUGGGCAUCGUCGCAGUGGCCAAUGACACUAAUAGCUGUGAAUUUUCUCAGUGUCGUGUUAACAAUGGAGGGUGUCAGGACCUGUGUCUGCUCACCUCUGAGGGAAGGGUCAAUUGCAGUUGCCGUGGUGACAGGAAGCUUUUGGAUGACAACACCUGCAUAGCUCUGAACACGACGUGUAACAACAUUGAUGAGUUUGAGUGUGGAAAUGGAGACUGUGUUAACUACACACUGACAUGUGAUGGCAUGGCCCACUGCAAGGACAAGUCUGAUGAGAAACAGUCGUACUGUGCCAACCGUGUGUGUAAGAAGGGCUACAGACGGUGUGUUAAUGGCCGUUGCGUGGGGCAUAGCUCGUGGUGUAAUGGGCAAGAUGACUGUGGAGACAAUUCUGAUGAGCUCUUCUGUAACACCACAUUGUGCUCGGCCGAUCAGUUCCAGUGCAGAGAUGGAGGAUGCAUCUCCAACUCCAGCAAGUGCAAUCAGAAGGUAGACUGUGAGGAUGCCAGUGAUGAGAUGAACUGCACCGCCACCGACUGUUCCAGUUACUUCCGACUGGGAGUGAAGGGAGUGACAUUUCAGAAGUGUGAGUUCACUACACUCUGUUAUGCCCCUUCAUGGCUGUGUGAUGGAGCUAAUGACUGUGGAGACUUCUCUGAUGAACGAAAUUGCCCAGGCAGUGGAAAAACAAAGUGUCCGACACCAUUCUUUGCUUGCCCUAGUGGACGUUGCAUCCCUAUGAGCUGGACGUGUGAUAAAGAGAAUGACUGUGAGAAUGGUGCAGACGAAGCCCACUGUGAUAAGUUUUGCUCAGCGUCUCAGUUUGAGUGUGGGAACCACCGGUGCAUUCCCAACCGCUGGGUGUGUGAUGGCUCCGAUGACUGCGGUGACAGCAGUGACGAGGACAGCAAAUGCAAAACAAAAACUUGCAGUCCCGAAGCAUUCCAGUGUCCCGGUUCACAUGUUUGCAUCCCUAAGAGAUGGAAAUGUGACGGGGACAAAGACUGUCCUGAUGGGGCUGAUGAGAGCGUCAAAGCCGGCUGUGUUUUCACCAACGUUUGUGGCAGCAACGAGUUUAUGUGCCAGAACCAGCAGUGUAUCCCCAAGCACUUUGUGUGUGACCAUGACAGGGACUGCAGUGAUGGCUCCGAUGAGUCCCAGGAGUGCGAGUAUCCGACAUGUGGCCCCAAUGAGUUCCGCUGCGCAAAUGGACGCUGCCUCAUCCAGAGUUCAUGGGAGUGUGAUGGAGACUUCGACUGCCACGAUCACUCAGAUGAAGCUCCCAAGAAUCCACGCUGCAAUGGUCCAGAGAAGAAAUGCAACGAGACUGCAUAUGCCUGCAAUAAUGGAAAUUGUGUCAAUGAAACGCUGCUUUGCGACCACAAGGACGACUGUGGCGAUGGUUCUGAUGAGUUGAACUGCUUCAUUAAUGAGUGCCUGAACAGUAAAUUGAGUGGCUGCUCCCAGCUCUGUGAAGACCUUAAAAUAGGUUUCAAGUGUAGAUGCCACCCCGGGUUCCGCCUGAAAGAUGAUGGGAAGACGUGUGUCGACAUAGAUGAAUGCACAACCACCUAUCCCUGCACACAGCGGUGCAUCAACACACACGGCAGUUUCCACUGUCUGUGUGUGGAAGGUUUCCAGCUUAGCCCUGAAAAUCCUACCAUAUGCAAAUCCACAUCUGACGAGGAACCAUUCCUGAUCUUUGCCAACCGCUACUAUCUGAGGAAGCUUAGCUUGGAUGGUUCCAACUACACUCUGCUGAAACAGGGUUUGAACAAUGCUGUCGCUCUAGACUUUGAUUACCGCCAGCAGAUGAUUUAUUGGACAGACGUGACCACCCAGGGCAGCAUGAUCCGACGCAUGCACAUCAAUGGCAGUGAUGUUCAGGUCCUUCACCGCACAUCACUCAGUAAUCCAGACGGGCUGGCGGUUGACUGGGUGGGAGGAAACCUGUACUGGUGUGAUAAGGGAAGGGACACCAUCGAGGUGUCAAAGCUGAAUGGAGCAUACCGGACAGUCCUGGUCAACAAUGGCUUGAGGGAACCGCGGGCUGUAGCAGUGGAUGUUCGCUAUGGGUACUUGUACUGGUCAGACUGGGGUGACAGCCCUCACAUUGGGAGGAUUGGGAUGGACGGCACCAACAGGAGUGUUAUCGUGGAGGAUAAGAUCACCUGGCCCAAUGGUCUGACACUGGACUUUAUUAAUGACCGUAUCUACUGGGCCGAUGCCAGGGAGGACUACAUUGCAUUUGCCAGCUUAGAUGGAACCAACAGACACAUAGUUCUGACCCAGGACAUUCCCCACAUCUUUGCUAUGACUCUGUUUGAGGAGUACAUAUACUGGACAGACUGGGAGACUAAGUCUAUCAACAGAGCUCAUAAAACCUUGGGAACCAACAAAUCCCUGCUGAUCAGCACUUUGCACAGACCAAUGGACAUCCACAUUUUCCAUCCGUACCGCCAGCCGGGAGUGGCUGAUCACCCAUGUCAAGUCAACAAUGGAGGCUGCAGUAACCUGUGUUUGCUUUCACCCGGAGGAGGAUAUAAGUGUGCCUGUCCAACUAACUUUUAUCUCGCUGCUGAUGAGAAGCAAUGCUUAUCCAACUGCACCGCAAGUCAGUUUGUUUGUAAAAAUGAUAAGUGCAUUCCAUUUUGGUGGAAGUGUGACACUGAAGACGACUGUGGGGACCGCUCUGAUGAACCUGCAGACUGCCCUGAGUUUAAGUGCAGACCAGGUCAGUUCCAGUGUGGUACAGGCAUCUGCACCAACCCAGCCUACAUCUGCGAUGGAGACAAUGACUGCCAGGACAACUCCGAUGAGGCUAACUGCGAUAUCCACGUGUGUCUGCCCAGUCAGUUCAAGUGUACCCACCCCAGCCGUUGUAUCCCUGGUAUCUUCCGCUGCAACGGACAGGACAACUGUGGAGAGGGAGAGGACGAGAAAGACUGUCCUGAAGUGACAUGUGCUCCCAACCAGUUCCAGUGUGCCAUCACUAAGCGCUGUAUACCACGGGUGUGGGUGUGUGACAGGGACAAUGACUGUGUGGAUGGAUCAGAUGAGCCUGCCAACUGCACCCAAAUGACAUGUGGUGUGGAUGAGUUCCGCUGUAAGGACUCAGGGCGUUGCAUCCCAGCUCGGUGGAAGUGCGAUGGAGAGGAUGACUGUGGAGACGCUUCAGAUGAACCCAAAGAAGAAUGCGAUGAACGUACAUGCGAGCCGUACCAGUUCCGGUGUAAGAACAACCGCUGUGUGCCUGGCCGGUGGCAGUGUGAUUACGAUAACGACUGCGGGGACAACUCUGAUGAAGACAAGUGUGUCCCUCGUCAGUGUUCAGAGAGCGAGUUUUCUUGCACAAAUGGCCGCUGCAUUGCUGGGCGUUGGAAGUGUGAUGGAGACCAUGAUUGUGCUGAUGGUUCCGACGAGAAUGGCUGUGAUGUGAAGUGUGACAGUGAUCAGUUCCAGUGCAAAAAUGGUCACUGCAUCCCCAUACGCUGGCGAUGUGAUGCUGAUGUUGAUUGCAUGGAUGGCAGCGACGAAGAAAAGUGUGACAGUGGCGUGGGUAGACACUCCCUGGACGAGUUCCAAUGCAACAACACUCUCUGUAAACCCCUCGGCUGGAAGUGUGAUGGAGAAGACGAUUGUGGAGACAACUCUGAUGAGAAUCCUGAAGAGUGUGUUAAAUUCCAGUGUCCACCCACAAGGCAGUUCCGCUGUCAUAACGACCGUGUGUGUCUGCCCGUAUCGAAGCGCUGUGAUGGCGUCAACAACUGUGGGGACAACAGCGAUGAACUCAACUGCUUACCUCCGUCCCCACCAAUAUGUCAAAAAGAUGAGUUCCAGUGCUCUAAUGGGCGUUGCAUCAGCUCUGUCCUACGCUGCAACUACUUUAAUGACUGCGAAGACUAUGGCUCUGAUGAAAUCAACUGCAAUAAGAGAGACACGGUGUUGAAUGAAUGUCACAGUAACAGGACAGUGUGUGGAGAUGGGGAUGAAGCUCAUUGUGUGGUGAACGGCACAGACUCCUUCUGCUCUUGUAAACCAGGUUUCCAGGCCAAUGGACGGAACAGAUGUGAAGAUAAGAAUGAGUGUAGGCAGUUUGGAGUGUGUUCCCAUAUCUGCAACAACACCAAGGGUUCCUUCAAGUGCACCUGCCACAAGUAUUUCACCCGAAUCAAUGACACCUGCAAAGCUGAUACUCUGAGGCAGGUACUUUACAUUGCUGAUGACAAUGAGAUCCGCAGCUUGGACCCUGGCAUGCCAAACUGGCGCUAUGAGCAAAUCUUCCAGGGUGAUGCAAAUGUGCGCAUUGAUGCAAUGGACGUGCAUGUAAAGACAAACCGUGUCUACUGGACAAACUGGCACACUGGGCGCAUAUCAUCCUAUGACUUGCCUUCUUCCUCCUCCUCCCCCAAUAACAACCGUAACCGACGCCAAAGUGACUCAAGGGUCACAAAUGUGGAGAUUCCUGAUCUAAAGAUGCCCCGUGGUAUUGCUGUCGACUGGGUGGCAGGGAACUUGUACUGGACCGACUCUGGUAGAGAUGUUAUCGAGGUAGCACAGAUAAGCGGGGGACGCCACCGUAAAACUCUCAUCUCUGGCAUGAUCGAUGAGCCUUAUGCCAUUGUGGUUGACCCACAGAGAGGGAAAAUGUACUGGGCAGACUGGGGAAAUCAUCCUAAAAUUGAAACAGCUGCCAUGGAUGGUACCAUGAGAGAGACACUGGUAGAAGAAAACAUCCAAUGGCCAACUGGUCUAGCUGUGGACUAUUUCAACGAGCGUCUGUACUGGGCGGAUGCUAAACUAUCUCUGAUCGGCAGUGUGAGGCUGAAUGGCAGCGAUGCAGUUGUGGCUGUAACCAGCAUUAAGAACAAACUCCAUCACCCCUUUAGCAUCGAUGUAUUUGAAGACUACAUCUAUGGCGUUACGUAUGUCAACAACUAUGUCUUCCGAGUGAAUAAGUUUGGCAAAGGCCCGAUAGAGAAUUUAACAACUGGAAUGAAUCAUGCCACUGAUUUAGUCCUGUACCAUCGCUACAAACAACCUGAGAUGACUAAUCCCUGCGAUAGGAAGAAAUGUGAAUGGCUGUGUCUGCUGAGCCCCAGUGGACCAGUCUGCACCUGUCCCAAUGGACGCACUCUGGACAAUGGCACAUGUGUGGAACUGCCCACUCCCACACUGUCACCUAUCUCUCCUCCCAGCGGCCCCUGCAUGGUGGAGUGUAUGAACGGAGGCAGCUGUUUCCUGAACGCUCACAAGCAGCCAAAGUGUCGCUGUCAGCCAAAUUAUGGAGGAGAGAGAUGUGAGAUCGACCAGUGCAGAGACUACUGCAAGAACGGAGGCACAUGCACACCUUCUCCUACAGGCUCUCCCACAUGUCGGUGCCUGACAGGGUUUACAGGACCAAACUGUGAUCUCCGCACCUGUAAGGAUUACUGCAAGAAUGGAGGAAACUGUUCAGUCAGUGCUGGAAACCAACCAACCUGCCGCUGCCCACCAGACUUCCUGGGUGACCAGUGCCAGUACAGCAGCUGUGAAGGUCAUUGCCUGAACAAAGGCACAUGUCUACAGAGUGCUGAUGGUUCUAAAAUGUGCCGCUGCCAGCCCCAGUACACCGGCAACCAAUGUGAGAUCGACAAAUGUCACUACUGUCGUGAUGGCAGGUGUAUCCCCAACAACAGUUUUAGAUCUACAGGGGACUUCACCUGCAUAUGCACAAAUGGAAGAGUCCAGCCCAGCUGUUACACAUGUGACACAAAUGAGUAUUGUGCAAAUGGCCAGUGCUCGAUAAACCCUCACACACAACUUCCAGUCUGCAAAUGUUCCCCAGGCUGGACGGGGCACCGCUGUGAGUUUGUGGCCAAAACUGACAGUGGCUCGGGUACAGGUGGACGCACAGCCUCCAUAGUGGUUCCCAUUCUGCUUCUUUUGCUGCUGGUUCUUCUGGCUGGAGGAGCAUUGUUCUGGUACCGGAAGAGGAUGAGAGGGGCCAAGGGCUUCCAGCACCAAAGGAUGACCAACGGGGCCAUGAAUGUGGAGAUUGGAAACCCCGCUUAUAAGAUCUAUGAGGGCGAACCAGAUGACGACGCUGGAGAGCUGCUAGAUGCAGACUUCACGCUGGACCCAGACAAGCCUACCAACUUCACCAAUCCAGUAUACGCCACUCUGUAUAUGGGGGCUCACAACAGUCGCAACUCUCUGGCCAGCACAGAUGAGAAGAAGGAGCUGCUAUCACGUGGCGAUGAGGAGCCCCUUGUGGACCCUCUGGCAUAGACUGUCCAUUGGCCUGGAUCAUGCUAUUCCAAACACAUCCCUGUUCUUGCCUUUUAAAGAAAAACUAAACAAAAAAUGAUAAAAAGUGUGAGAUAAAAUUGAUAAAAAAGUGUGAACACUGUAUAAAAUGUACAAAAAUGAAGGACUACUUUUGUAUGUGAUUGCAGUAUUAUAUUUUGUUCUUUUGAGAUUCCUCUGGUCAAAAAUGAAUAACAUUUUCUAUGAGAGAUUUUUAAUUUACACUUGUCCCUUACCCUUUACCUAAAUAGCCACUACCUCUGUGCAAAAUGAAAUGGAAACAAGAAAAUCAGAAAAGAUGCUAUCAUUGGAGCAAUUUUAAUUUUUUAUUUUUGUAUGAAUUGUAUAGAAAAAAAAACAUUGUUCCAUUUCACCAGUGCCAACUGUUUGUUGUUUGUUUUGACUUUGAGUGGGAAAGGCAAAACUCAAAGUUUUCUAAAUCGGUACAUAUGUUGUCUUGCUGGCUUUCUCGGCAAGAUUGUGCGAGACAGAUUUAUGAUAGCACCGUUUGUGUAUAGCACAUGUAAAAUGUCAAUACCAGAUGGCAACUACAGUAUUUCCACAUAUUUUUUCCUCAGAGAACAAUGUUCAUAAAAUGAUUGUGUUGUCUUCCUUGCACAGAAUUCAUAUUUUAUGGUAUAGUAAAUACUGUAGGCUUUAUACCGUAAGAUGUAAAGCAGGUAUGUUUGUUUUUGUCACAUUGUAUGACAGGUGGAGCUUAUGUGUUGAAGUGAGAGGAUGAAAGGCACUCUGGUUUUCUUGUGGAGUUGGAGAAUGAGUAAGUUGGUCAUGGAUUAAACAUUCCAGUGAAAUGGUUGAUGGAGAUUACAGACGUAUGAGAUGUUAAGGAUGGGCUGUGCAUGCAGGCCCAGGCAUCAGCUGGCCAACACUAAGAAUUCGGAGGCCAUGGCAGGUACAGAAACGUGAUGGCUAGUUUGAUGGACAGUGUCAUGUUUGCACCAUUUAGUUGCCUAUUACAAGCGUCUUCCUCAAGGUGAAGAAGAGGGAGGCUGCAUUUACGGUAAAAUGGGAGGAAGAAAAAAAAAAGAUCAAGGUGGAUCUUUGGCUUGUCUUUUUUUUCUCUAGUUCUUUAUUUCCCCAAGACCAGAUAAUAGCAGUCUGGUUUGGUGAUUAGAUUUAUCUUUUAACCUUUAGAGGUUCAAAGUCUGUACAUCCACAGUUUUGUAACGACUCAGUCGUAAGUGCAUUACGUUCAUUUGGUCCUUAGCAUUUCUCUGUUCCUCUUGAGCUGUUCUGAUCUCUCACUCUCCUCUGUGCCCUGCUGCUGCUAAUGCUACCAUUCUGGUCGCUCUGACAUGUCCUUACGCUCAGCCUCUGUCCCAAAAUGCUGCUUCUGUCAGAAAAGUGUCAGCCAUAUGUUAAUGCAUGUGAAAAGUAACACCAAUCUUUAAUGUAACUACAGUAACAAGUUUUUAUUUUGCUUAUUUGUCAGCAAGUGUUAUUUUAUGCUGUUGUGUAUGUUUCGUCUUUAAUUGAGAGAGAAGUACAAUCAUUUUACCUAAAGAGCAUUUUUGCAAAAUCAUACAUGCAUUUUCAGAAUUGUUUUUGAUUAGUCCUUGUUUUUUAAUGAAAAAUGACACAUAGCUUUUAUAGUACACGAUGCAUGGAGGCUCAGACUUUCUUCUGGAAAGAGAAUAUUGUUUAAUUUUCGCUGGAGUACUUUACAAACUAAAUAACAGAUAUUGUUAUAAAUAAAAUUUUAAAAAAUUGUACAGAAAACAACA